AAAGUACAUUUAAAACAUGUUUUCUUUUAUCAUAAGAUAUCAGUGCAUACAAGUUCUCUAAGAGCUGAAAGACCCUCACAGAGCUCUUUAUUAAGGACACUUUAUUAGGAACAGACAAUCAUGUGUCAACACAAUGCAUCAAAUCCUACAGAUAUUUAUUGUAAUGUUCACAUCAAACAUCACAAUGAGGGAAAUGUCUAAGUUCAGUGGUUUUGAGCAUGGCAUGCUUGUAAAUACCAAAUGGCUGGAUUGAGUUUUUCAGAAACAUCUGAUCUGGGAUUUUCACACACAAUGCUCUAAUUCAGAGUGGUGCAGUAAAGAAAAACUUCCAGUGAGCAGUUCUGCAGAACCUCCUCUUUGACAAGAGCGAUUAACAGAGAAUGGCCUCGGAUUCAGAUAAUUACUUUGUACAAUUGUGGUGAGCAGAAAAGCCUCUCAGUGAGGAACCCUGAGGUGGAUGAGCUAACAGCAGAAGAUCGUGUUGCGUUCCUCUUCUGUUAUACAGAAAUAGAAAGCUGAGGCUGCAGUGGGUACAGGCUCACCAAUACUGGCCACUUGAAGAAUGAAAAGAUGUAGUCUGGUCCCAUCCUGCUGUGUGAACAGUCCAGGCUGGUGGAGGUGGUGUAAUGGUGUGGGGGAUGUUUUAUUGGUGCACUUUAGGCUGUUAAUACCAAACAGUCAUGGUGUGAAUACCAUGGCCUAUUGAAGUGUUGUAGUUGACCCUGUACUGCCGUUCUUACGUGAGAAUUCGCCAUGUCACAAAGCGAAGGUCACCUCAGACAGGUUUCAUGAAAUGAGUUUUUCAUGGUAGAACAGGAGAGUCUGACUCUUCCAAGCAGCACAUCUCACAGAGACGCCCUUUUGGUGGGUGCUGAGAAGAUCUAAGCAACUAGAUCAGACAAACUGUCAUGAGUCCUCAUCUUCCUGAGGAUGAAGAUGAGUCAUAUCCUUACAUGGGCUAUGUGGAUGACACUCGGCUCGUUCCACCAUCUCUCAGGGUACAAGGAAGACCUGCAUCAAGAGCCAAUGGCGGUCUUUAAACACAAAAAAGACCUACAUUAGUUCUUAAACUAUCACCAUAAUAAUAGUAAUAAAGUGUUCUCUUUGUGCAACCGAGUUUUUAGACUUUUUUAGCACUAUGUUUAGUAAAUGUAAAUAUUUUGUAUUGCUCGUGCACAGACCUAGCUCAAUCUACACUGUAAUUAGUUUGGAAAGAAAAGAUCCCUUAUUAGCCGCAUUCACUUAACUAACCAAUCGUAGUGCAGGACUGGGAUACAGUUAGCCAAUCUAGAAGCAGGGUUCAGCUUAAACUAGCCAAUUGUAGUGCAGAAGGCGGGACUUGUCAGAAUACGGAUGUGGGUAGAGAACUAACGCGUCCUGAACUUGGGGAGUUCCAACAUGGCGUCGAUGCAGAAAAGGUUACAGAAGGAACUGUUGGCUUUGCAGAACGAUCCACCUCCAGGAAUGACUCUGAAUGAACGGAGCGUUCAGAACACGAUCACAGAGUGGUUUAUCGAUAUGGAGGGUGCUUCUGGAACCCUGUACGAGGGCGAGAAGUUCCAGCUCCUCUUUAAGUUCAGCAGCAGAUACCCCUUCGACUCUCCUCAGGUCAUGUUUACCGGCGAGAACAUUCCGGUCCAUCCGCACGUCUACAGCAACGGACAUAUCUGUCUGUCCAUUUUAACGGAGGACUGGAGUCCGGCUCUGUCCGUCCAGUCCGUGUGCCUUAGCAUCAUCAGCAUGUUGUCCAGCUGUAAAGAGAAGCGUCGUCCACCUGAUAACUCCUUCUACGUACGAACGUGUAACAAGAACCCAAAGAAGACAAAGUGGUGGUAUCACGAUGACACGUGUUAGCAUCACUGGGACUGUAGCGGUCAUAAACAGGCUGAUGGACGGUACACCUGCACUUUCGGACCUGUGGUUUCGGGCCUGAGCGGCGUAUUGGGUUCGUUACACCUCAGCAAGCUGAUCUAACUCCAGGAAUGUAAAACUCCAUGUGUGUACACUGAGGAACACGGAGCACGCGUGUAAGGAGGGGUAAACGCUGGCGGGAUUAGCGCCGGAUCACUUCUGACCUCUUUUCCUCUGACCCGGUGGAUCUGGUUCUGGUUUUGGGAUCCGAUUUGGGAUUAGUUUACUGAGCGACGUUCAUCAGCAGCGCGUCAUGAUUAGUUAUUUAUUCUGAACCUGUAACUGCGUGUUAGCAUUAGCAUUAGCAAGAUGGCUUCCUUGCGGUCCGUCCUUCGGAUCAGUAAUUCACGUUAUAUUUAUUUAUUUUGAAUCUAAUCUUCAGCAGUAGAUGUGAUGUUUCUGAAAUAUAUCAUCAGACCUGGAUAUAAUACGUGAUUAGAUUAAUAAACCGUAGCUGCGUAAGGAGCGCUAGGGAAGCUUUCAGAAGUUACGGCCUUUAAAACGUUCAUCAUUUUAGCUAACAUAUCAACCUCCGCUCCGGUUCCUCCAAUCAUCACACACAAUCUCUCACUUCAUUCUCUCGCCUCCUUCUGAAUAAGCCCCGCCCCCAGGACCGGCACCGUCACACUAUCAGUGGACAAGCGGUUGUUGUGUUUUUUUUUGUUUUCUUUCUUUCUUCCUUUCCAGGUUGAUGUUUUGUGCAAUAAUUCUUUAAGUGUGUACGUACAGGCGGUCAGUCCAGGCACAUAAACGAUAGAAGGACUUGGAAACUGUAGAUAAAAUGAACUCCAUUUCUUCAUUAAUCUUCUUAUUCUGAAUGCAGAGAGUUUUGGUGUCUCCAUUUUGAUUUAUUGGAUUAAAUUAUUUACUUUGACUCCGCCCACAUUCGGCUCUGCCUCCGGCUGUUUAAAACUGUAUCUUAAAGUGAUGAUUGAUUGCCGAAGCUCCAGAGCAGAACCUACAGUUAAACUCCGCCCUGAUCCACACGAAAUAUGACCAUGAAAAUGACCACUUGACCCAUCUGUUCUGUUCUGCUGGAGGUCUCUGAGGUGUAAGAGGUGAAUGUUUUUUAUAAUAUUGCAGUGCUGCUGGGUUAGGCAGGAGGAUUAUAUUCUUUUUUUCCCCUGGUAGUUCAUCUCUGGUGUUUAAAGCCAAAGCUGAAGAUCUGACCAGAGUUCAGUAACAGAGAGCUAGUGUAGUGUAGUGUAGUGUGUGUGUGUGUGUGUGUGUGUGUGUGUGAGUGUGAGAGAGAGUAUUCAUUCUGAUUUCAGGAUGAUUUAGGGCUCGGGCUUUAAGGUUUAGUAACUUUUAAUUUAAUGUGUGAUGGUUUGUUUUUUUUUAUUAUUUAACAUUGUUUAAAUAAUGUUUGAAUUUAAAAAAUAUAUAUAAUAUAUUUUGAAUGACCACAGGCUUGGAGUUUGUGUUUAUAUUCAUUUGGUAUUUUGGUAUUAUUAUUAUUAUUAUUAUUAUUAUUAUUAUUAUUAUUAUUAUUAUUAUUAUGAGGUAAAGGUGGAGUGAAGGAAGCUCCACACAGCUCGGGUGAGAAUAUUCCCCUGUUCUUCCCGCUCCGUCCUCUAGAGGGCAGCAUCAAUAUUUCUAUUUAUUUCACUCAUAAGCAAAACGUUUGCCCAUUAUAAUGUUAGAAAUUAAUGUUUUUUGGGAUUAAAGUUUCAAACAUUUAAGCGAGAUUUAGAAAAAGGAUUAAACACUACUGUGAUGAAGAAAAUCAGUCCCAAUAGAAAUUUAGAAUAAAAAUUUUUUGUUAUUGUGCAACAUAAUUUAGUCUCUCUCAUUUAAAACACACAAACACACACAGUUGUAUAUGUAAUGGAACAAAUCUAAACAGAUAUAAAUGUAGGUGUAAACUUAAAUGUGUUUUCACAAUGAUAAAAAAAAAUGUAAUACACACGUCAUUAAGGGUCAGUGGGAUCACUAAGGGUACAUAGCUUCCUAAAAAGGGCCCACUUAUAUACCCAGCACUCCACAGGAGGGAUGAGGGGACGAGAACGUAACAUUAAGUUAACAUUAAGCUUAAGCUUGGGAGGUUAAGAACUCUGGAUUAUUUGUCUCUUGAACCCUUUAUUUGUUAGGUUCUAGCUAUUAAAAAACAUUAAUGAGUCAUAAUUUGGAGUUCAACAUGUUUACACAGAGAACACACACACACAGAAAAGAAUUCUUUAAAGGUUCUUGGCUUAUAGAACAGGCCAGUCAAAUAUCUACUGAAAGGAACCUGUAACGAGAAACUAACGAGUGUGAGAUGUGGGAGCAAGAGUGUGUGAGCGUUGUGAGAUUGUGUGUGAGAGCUAUGUGUGCGUUAACAGUGAGAAUGUGUGUGUGUGUGUGUUCUGUCUGGAGUCUUUACUGAAGGUCAUUAAUCUGUAGUAGUAGUGUAAAAGGUUUCACUGAAAUCUCUUUUGUAAUAAAGCAGAAGUUUGAAAUAA